GUUUAAUGUGAUUGGUUUAAUCUAACAUUACCGUGGUUAUUAUACAUAUAUCGAAUUGAGUUUAGACGUAAACAUAGCACAUCAGUUUCAGUGACUCGUGGCAGACAAGACCGUGCGCAAGUGUCUUACUUUAUAAGGAAAAAACACUAGUAAGUUUGUCUCAUAGUAUGUCAUGCGCUAAAAUGCCGCACGUGUCCUGAAAAUUAAUUGAUAAACGUAAUUGAACUUUUUUACGCAAAUUGAAGUGAGUGCAAAUCGUAGAGAUAUACUUUAACUUUACAACGAUAAAGAAAAGAACGUGAUGGCAUCUUCUUCAGCGGGAAAGCAAACGCUUGCCAGUGAACUAGAAGCAAACGAAUUGCUGGAAGCUGUAUUAAAACAAAUGGAUGGCAUAAUCUCAGGUGAUAGCGACUAUAUCUCAUCUCCGGAUGGUGGAACUAUUAACGCAUCUUCCAAUGGAGGUUUGCAUCAUGGAAUGCAAUCGACGUCGAUUCUGGCGGCUGCUCAGUCACUUGCAAUGGCUCUUCAGCAACAAUCGUCCAGUUACCAUCCUUCACCCGACCCCAUAACGGCUGAUAUUAUCAAUACCUGGCUGGACACGCAUAUACCGCGCCAGGACACGGAUGAGCGGUUGCGAAGACUGCAAACAGAUAAAGAAGCACUGGCCAUGCAAGUGAAAACGCUCACGGAGCAAGUGCAAUCGCAAAGCACCAAAAUAAGCGAGCUGGAACGCACGGUAAAAGAGAAGAACCAACUACUCUCGAAUGCGGAAGACCUACUGCAGCGAGAAAUGCUUUCACGAUCCUCACUUGAAACGCAAAAGUUAGAACUCAUGUCAGCGAUGAGCGAACUUAAACUUCAGCAGGCAGCACUUGAACGCGAAAAUCUGGAACUGCGAACGAAUUUUGUUACAAGUACUGGAGGUUUGAUGAAUGGAUCGCUGACAAGCAGCUCGAACGGCAACGCUUCUCCUUUGACAAAUGUACUCAAUAACAACAGUAUCUCAAUGCUCAGAAGACCGCAAAUUAUCACCAACACACGAAUGGUGGGUAUGUCCGCUUCAACACCCGGAAAUUCCCUGAACUUGUCUCCUAUGCACCAUGGUAGCCAUGGCAGUUUACCACAGACGGCCGUUAGCCCCAUCACACCGAAGACGCCGCCUGCCACCUAUCGUCAACGUAUUGACGUCCAUUACAGUAGUCUUCCACGGCAAGCAUUUGCAACAACGCUUUCGACCGUCAGCACGUCAAGCGGAUCAUCGACGGCGACCGAUAGUAAUGCGAAUCCGAGACGCAAUGUUGCAUUCGCUGAAUCAGAAAACGGCAACGAAGAUCGAUCAGACGGUGUUCCACCGGCUCGUAGUUAUACCCCACAACCGUCACCUUCGCCAUCGAUGAGCAACAAAUUGAAAAACAUUUUUGGUAAGAUAAAGCGCAGCAACAGUGGAACACUGGAGGACCUGACUGGAGCAGACAGUGAAUUCAAGCGUGGAGGCAUCCGGGCUACUGCUGGAGCUCGGCUUGGCUGGAGUGGCACGGUGCCUUACCGAAGACCUGAUAAACCGUUCCGCGAAUGGGACCUAGAUGGCGUUUGUCAAUGGUUUGACCAUUUGGGUUUGAACAUGUACGAGGAGGAACUACGGCGAUGGCUGAAAUCGAGCAUGGCACCCGCGGUUGAUCUGAUCAAAGCUUCGCCAGUUGACAUCGAGAAAGAGCUGAACCUGCGCAAUCCGUUGCAUCGGAAAAAAAUUGUCCUAGCGGUAGCGGACAUAUCGGGCACCGAAGAUGAGGACGAAUUAUUCAAGUCUGCUGGAAUGCUUGACACAGCUUGGAUUCUUCGUUGGUUAGAUGACAUUGGUAUGCCGCAAUACAAGGACACUUUUACUGCUGCUAGAAUGGACGGCCGGAUGCUACACAAGCUGACAUUCGAUGACCUGGCAACCCUUCAGAUGUCUUCAUGUCUGCACGUAGCUAGUAUACGACGCGGUAUACAACUCAUGCGUCAUGAAAAAUGGCAACCCGAUUGUCUUGUUCGAAGGCCACUACCACCAGACACUAAUGUGAAGGACGAUGUGAGACUCUGGAGUUCCCAAAGAGUGCACGAGUGGCUACGCGUUGUUGAUCUGGCUGAAUACUCACCCAAUCUGCGCGGAUCGGGUGUACAUGGUGCAUUGAUGAUUUUCGAGGUGAAGUUUACCGCGGAGCUAUUCGCCGAUUUGCUCAGCAUACCGGCUAGUAAAACACUAUUGCGGCGGCAUCUGGCAACCCAUUUUAAGGACCUACUUGGUCGUGAUAUCAUUCAAGUGAAGCGGGAGGCAGAAAAUACGCUCGGAUUUCAGCCCUUAACUAUUUCAUCAAAAAUCAAGACACCAAAAAAGUCCCAGUUUUCGCUGAAACGUAAAAAGAGCGCCAAGGGCGGCCAGCUCGGCGAAGAGUGGAGUGACUACGUCUGUCCAAUGGGUGGCUCAGGUCAGGAACAUUUACCGUCGGCAACUUAUGCUUCCUCAACCAACAGUACCAACAAUAGCAACGUCAGCGCUGGUGCUUCUACCGCCUUUACCUCAAAUGCUUCUUCCAAUGCUAACCCUAACCAUGUCACUAGCAUCGGCCGCUCGGAUGCUAACCCUCAUGCUGAAUUGUUUCAUACAUAAUAUUUCGGUGCCUGGACUGCUACUUUUCAUUGUACAAACUUUAGAAACUUACUAGUAAAACUUCAGUCUUGUCAAUAAUUCAGCUUAUUGUCAUAUUACGAUUAACAAAAAAAAAAACUUUCAACCGCAAAAAGCUCACCAAAGGAAAGGGAUAAAAAAUCAAGAUUAGGUUGAACUGUACUUCGUUUCUUGUUUGUAUGUAGAAAAACAAAUUAUCUUAACUUCUGUUUUUCGCUAAUCAAUUAGAAAUUUUCGGAAAUCGUUACUCGGUGUAGAUAAUAAUUUUCCAUUACAUUUUUUGUUUAAAAUUGCAUUGUGUUUUUUAUCCACCAUCAGAUUCGUCAUUCAACAAUAGAACUUAUAAAUUUAUGAGAUAGUAAUGUUUUAAAUAAAAAUCUAUGAAUCACA